AUGAGCGAACGCCAGUCCUACGAAUCGAGGAUGGCUGACUUGAAGCUCAAGCGUUUUGCUUCCCGUUGGCAAUCAACUCAUGGGCAAGCCGCGAAUCGUGACAUUGACGAGCCUCACAGCACAGACGACGACCCCACAAGCCCAGGCAAAACGGAAGAUGCACAGCGUUCAGUACCGAGUGUCUUCAAAGGUCUCAAAGUUGGCCAAGCAGGGAUGAUCUGGGGAUCUGAUGGUACACUGCUCGGCAAAGUUCAGGACGACAGCCUGACGGACCCAGAAGAGCUGGAAGGAUUCCCCCUCAACGAGAAAGGUGAGGUACUCGAUGAAGACGGACACAAGAUUGGGCGGGCAUUUGUCCAUGAAACAUUCGGGGGUACCAGGCUCAGAAUUGCGCGUCAGCAUUCAUUCUACAAAAUGAAACCAGACGAGGAUGGGCGGUACCACUGUCCGUACGCGGCUCUGGGGGUAUGUUGGUACAGACCACAGAAGUUGAAGUCCAAUUUCGAUAAACACCUAGACUCGCACUUGAAGCCAUACCGCUGCGACGUCGGCGAAUGUGUCGGCACACAAUUCUCGUCCGCUGGUUGCUUGCUGCGUCACGAGAGAGAAGUCCACAAAAUGCAUGGUCACGGACCGAAGGCCUUCCUCGUCCAUGGAGACGCCGCCAUCCACAGAAUGCACGACCCCUCUAAGAAUCAUCAUGGGUGCUCCUUCCAGGGCUGUGACCAUUUUCUACGCAAUGAUUUUGGAGACGAGGAUGUUUUCGAACAUGUGGAGGGAGCCCAUGUGCUGGCGCCUCCAGCUACUGCGUACGGCAGGACACCUUGCCCGGAAUCGACUGACAACGUUGGGAGGAAAGGGUUCGAUUUCUUUGACACACACCUCAGGCCCAAGCACAUCGUUACAUCGGGACUUCGGCAUCCUCCCAAGCUUGAUACCAUUCCCACAACCAUUAGUCCCGAACAACCAAACUGGAACAACGAGAGAACUAUGGUCGAUGUAGACUUUUUACACAAGCUGGAGUCAAAGAUCAGCGAUCUACAGUCCCGUGUCGAAGAGUGUGAGGGCGCUCCUGGCUCUCCUACCAACUCUUCGAUUUCUGAUAGCGGAGACUCUGUAGACUCGGUCUCUGAUGUUAGCCACAAGGGCGGUCGAGCAGCCAGGUAUCCACAAGACUUUGAUGAUGAAACCAUAAGCUACGAGCCGGAAGUGGAGAAAGGGAAGCGAGACGCAAAAGCCCUUGAGGGACCAAGCCUUGAGGUCGCGCGAUUCAAUCACCUUGGCGAGAAUCAAAGAUUUCAGGCAGAGCGUGAUGGAAUGUCUACACCCGUUCUCGAAUUCCCGCCUGACAGGCCGCUUUUGACCGCCGUAUCUGAGUAUGAUCGCAGCCAGUUCUGGCGAAGGCGAAUCGAAAUUGCGUCCCCCGCCUUCUUCGACCUCCUCAAGGAAGUGUCUCGGCAUAACAUUAGCGACCUUGCCCUCCACGAGGGUGUUUUAUACCUUAUGGAGCCCCUCAUGGUUCUGUUCCUCAACCGCAAGCAGCUCACGGAUUAUGUGGAGAAUACCAAGGAGUCCACACAGGUCAAGGAACACACAAAAUUCAUCUUGAACUUCCUGAAGAGCGAUUUCAGCGACAUUAGUAGAGUGCUUGACAACUUUGAGUCGGUGACGCCUCCGAACCUUGUCAAAUACAGUGACUUGUGGAUGCUUUAUAGACCUGGCACGAUGGUGUACAGUCGUGGCAAUGGCGAAUGGGAAGCUUUCGUCGUUGACUCUCUCGAUGGUAUGCAGAUACGAAAACCGUCGCCAGACAACGGUCACGCCCUUACCAGGCUCGAUAUCAGAGCAUGGUCCAUGAACUUCGACGGUGAGGUAUAUGGCCGCGUUUGGUCCAUUCAUUGCGUUGCUCCAUUCCAUGGUGUUCAGGACAUCAGCUCUCUGUCCCUAGUCCCGGAGAAAUAUCUUUUGGACCGAAACGCCAUCAGAGAAUCGCUACUAUCUCGCGGAAGAAAGUUCUGUGCUUUUCAGGUACAGCACUGUCAAGAGAGCGAGAUCUCUCCUUCACAGUCUACUCGUAUCAUGGUGGAUCAUCUAACUUAUCAGAAGCGCAACGGGUGGCUCAUCUCCGUCAAUGGAAAGUACGGACCCUCCAGUGCCAAGGACAGGAGCUGGAAAGAAAACAGAUACAGCGAUUGGGAUACAAGUGGCGACGCUUUUGACCGGCGAUCAAGACGUUAUACACCCCAGCGCUCCCUCGUGCGCCACUUUGAGGAUGAAUACUGCAGCAGAGACUACGAGAUCGAAAGCAUCGACAAACCUGAGGACCCUCAAGCUGAACCUUGCCGAAUUUAUUCAUCAGAUCGUCCUUCGCAUGUCGUCGUCCGCGAGUUCGAGAAAUACGAUCUGAUCCGGCCAGAUGCCGAGAUGGACGAGCUCACAUUGAUGCUUUGUCCGCAACAUGUGCGUGGCUUCUCCUUUCGGGACAAAGUGUGGAAAUUCCUCAACGUAUCACAACUCAAGCCGGUGUCUUUCCAAGAAAACGCCUGGGACCGUCUAGUCCUCGACGAAGAAUACAAAGACAUCCUAGAAACCAUGGUCUCAUCUCAUGAUGGGAAGCUCGCUGGAUUGAGAGGUUCAGCAGGUGGAAAAGGACUUAGCAUACUGCUACACGGCGAGCCAGGUGUGGGCAAAACGCUGACUGCUGAAUCUAUCGCGGAACAUUUUCGCAAACCUCUAUUCCCUGUCACUUGCAGCGAUAUUGGAACUUCCCUGCCGGUAUUUGAUGAGAAACUAGAAGAAAUCUCCGAUUAUGCCACAAAAUGGGGUGCCAUCUUGCUGUUCGAUGAAGCAGACGUCCUCUUACAAGCUCGACGUGAUUAUGAAUGUGCCAAUCUCAAACGCAACAAUCUUGUAUCGAGCUUCGUACGAUUCAUCGAAUACUAUCAAGGUAUCGUAUUCAUCACCACCAAUCGCGUCAGCAGAUUCGACGAAGGGCUCAUGCCGCGCAUCGACAUUACCCUCUGCCUACCUCGUCUGGACCGUGCCCGUAGAAUCGGGAUCUGGCUCAAUCAAAUUCAGGACUUGUCCGAUGAAGGCACCAUCAACGCAUCACAGUCUGCUGAUUUGCGCACGCUUGCUCGACAGAAGUGGAGCAAGGAUGACAUCAACGGGCACCAGAUCAAAAAGACGGUCCAAACUGCAAGGGUUUUGGCGGAGAGGAAGGGUAGGAUGUUGGGAGCUAGGGAAGUUGAAACAAUGCUAAAGAUCGGGAGGGAAUUUGGAGAGCGCGCUGGCCACUUGGAGAAGGAGAGAGAGAGAGAGAGAAAGAAAGAUAAGGAGGAUCUGGAGGGAUUCGAGCAGGUGGAGAAACCUUGA